AACUCUUAUAGAGAGGUUACAUUCUUACAAGAAUGAUCGUGAGAAGGCUUGGGAAAUUUAUAGAAAUAUUGUAAAUAAUGAUCUUAUAGUUCAUAUGAAAAUGGAUCACAUGGAAUUAUUGCUUAACCUUUUAUGUGACAACCCAGAUAAUAAGACUUUUGAAUUACUUGAUCAAGUCAUGAAAGAUGUUUAUUUGUUUCGUAAAAAGAAUUUAAUGAGACCUAUUCUUUAUGCACGAGUGUUAAAAUUAUCGGUGCAACUAGGAAAUUACAAGAUUGUAGCUGAUAUUAUAAGGCAAAUGACAACUUUGGGAUAUUACAUUGAAAGACCGCAUGUUAAAGAAAUAGUAAAGCAAUGUGUUGAUGCUGAAUCAGCAUACAGGAUUCUUGAUGCUGUCAUUGUAAGUCAUUCUGAAGCUGACAGCGAAUGGUAUCAUACAUUGAUCGAGAUUUACUGUGAAAAUGAAGACAUUAAUUCUGCUUUAGAAGUACUUAGGCUAUACAAUUUAUCAGGACAGAGACCUAGAAUAAAAUUUUAUAGUGCUAUAAUUCAUAAACUUGCUAAAAAAGGGGAAAUGGAAUUAGUUGAAAUAUUGGUGAAUGAAAUGACUGAAUAUUUUGGUCCACCCAAUGAUUUAAUGUUUAAUUCUUUAAUUGCUGGAUAUAGUAAAAAGAAUGAUACGGACAUGGUAUUUAAGACUUAUCAAAAGAUGCUCAGCAUAGGCAUCAAGCCAACUAAAGACAUUUAUACUACCCUUAUCUUUUUUCAUCUUCGACGGAAAAAUAUUUACGAGGCAUCUAUUUUAUAUAAACAAAUGACUGAGAAAGGCAUAGAAAAUGAUAGUUAUUUAUUUGCUGCCUUAAUUUAUCUGCGCGGAAUACUUGAUGAUUCGGAAGGUGCCAGGAAAACAUACGAUAAAAUGAAAGCAGCUGGAGUUAUUCCCAACACUAUAUUAUUUAAUCAGCUCAUAUAUUCUCACGCUCGUGACAAGAAAGUAAAUGUAUCGCAGAUCGAGGCUUUGUAUCUCGAAAUGUUGGCAGAAAAAUUAGAGCCAAACCAUUAUACAUUUGAGCUACUUAUUGAUGCGAUGUCCAAAAGACAUGCAUUUGCAAAGAUAUGCGGAGUUUUUAAUGAAAUGUCCCAAAGAAAUAUCCCUAUAACAGAUGUAGCUUACAAUUCUCCAAUUCGUCAUCAUGGAUUAGCAGGAAACACGGAACUUGCUUGGAAAUUUUUUAACCGAAUGAUAUCUGCUGGAAUAGAACCAUCUAUGUAUAUAUAUACUUCUAUAAUAUCUCUUGCUACUGCAUCGUCCGAUUUUGCAAUAGCUAUUAAAGCUUUUAAAGAUCUUUUAACACGUGGUCUCAAACCCAAUGUUCAUGUUUAUUCAGCCUUGAUCACUGCAUUGGUAAAAUCAGGGAAUACAGAAAAAGCAAUUGAAAUGCUUCAUCAUAUGGUUAACCAUGGUGUAUCGCCUAAUCAUAUAACUUUUACAUCAUUAAUUCAAGGUUUUGCGAUUAAGCGUAAUUAUGAGAAAGGUAAAGAAAUAUAUGAAAUGAUGAAAAAAUCAAACAUUAUUCCAGAUAGAUUCACAUUUUAUCAUUUGGAGAAAUUGUAUAAAACGACUGGACACAUUGAGGAUAUUAAAGAGUUGUAUGAAGAUAUUAAAAGAUACGGUAUAGAUCCUCAAUCUCGUGAUCGCAUCCUGAUAAAAGGGAAAGGCUCAUAUUACUGGAGAUCAAGGACCUUGAUCAAACGAAGAAUUGAACGACAAAAAGCAAACAUUAAUCCUGAAGAGCAAUAUGCUAUCAAAAAGCGGCAGCGUAAAAUAUGGAAAAGACGCAAUCUAAUACGAGAAGCAGCAUUGCAAAGAUUAUAUUCUAAGCUUCAAAGUAGUCAAAGUUUAGAACCAUAUCCAAUAUGGAAAAAAAUAUAUAUUCAAGAAAAUUAUGAAGAUUUGCAACGAUAUAAAAAAUCUGGAUCAUUUCCAUUUUAA